GGGGCUGCUCAUGUGAUUGCGCGUCCCCGCGGCCUACACUGAAGUCAGUAAUCCUGCGUUCAUGUAGUUCGAGUUUCCAGUUUUCCAGCGUGGCAACGCUGCCAGUUUUGGACGGACGAAUGGCCUGCCUAUAAACGGCGAGAAGACUUGUUUCCUCACAAAAUAAACACGCCGGUAGCUCAUACGAACAACACUCAAGGAGCGAGGAACCCACAUCGGCGAGAAUCUGUUGGUGUUUGGCGUCAUUCGUCGACGGCUACAGAGACAGCUUGACACGGAUCGAGCGACACAACUCGGGUGUUUUGGUCCUGAAAUGGACACGGGAAUUGUACCUGAAAAGAAAAGGGUGAGCUCGGAGCGAAGGAAGGAGAAGUCAAGGGAUGCGGCGCGAUGCCGGCGCGGGAAGGAGUCCGAGGUGUUCUACGAGCUCGCUGAGCAGCUGCCUUUGCCGCACAGCAUCAGCUCCGGCCUCGACAAGGCCUCCGUCAUGAGGCUCACCAUCAGCUACCUGCGCAUGAGAAAACUGCUCGGCACUGAUGAGCCGAAGCCAGAGGAGGAGAGUGAGUUGGAUACACAGUUGAACAGCCCCUACUUAAAAGCUCUGGAGGGCUUUCUAAUGGUGCUGUCAGAAGAUGGCGACAUGAUUUAUCUCUCGGAGAAUGUUAACAAGUGCCUCGGCCUGGCACAGUUUGACCUGACUGGGCACAGCGUGUUUGAUUUCACACAUCCCUGUGACCAGGACGAGUUGAGGGAAAUGCUGGUCCACAGAACAGGCUCCAAAAAGACAAAGGAACCAAACACAGAGCGCAGCUUCUUCCUUCGAAUGAAGUGCACGCUCACGAGCCGGGGCCGUACUGUCAAUGUCAAGUCUGCUACAUGGAAGGUGCUCCACUGCUGUGGACACAUGCGUUCACACAGUGGCCUCAAUGAGCAGGACCACAAGGAGCCAACGCUUCCCUACCUGGUGCUGAUCUGCGAUCCUAUCCCACACCCUUCCAACAUCGAGGUCCCUCUGGAUGCCAAGACUUUUCUCAGCCGCCACACAAUGGAUAUGAAAUUCACAUAUUGUGACGAGAGGAUCACUGAGCUUUUGGGGUAUGAUCCAGAGGACCUGUUGGAUCGUUCUGUGUACGAGUACUAUCACGCACUGGACUCAGACCACCUCACCAAGACUCAUCACAACUUGUUUGCAAAGGGCCAGGUCAGCACAGGCCAAUACCGGAUGUUGGCCAAGAGAGGAGGUUUUGUGUGGGUGGAAACGCAAGCAACUGUCAUCUACAAUAACAAGAACUCGCAGCCGCAAUGUGUGGUCUGUGUCAACUUUGUCCUCAGUGGCAUCCAGGACGAAAAACUGAUCUUGUCCCUGGAGCAGACAGAAGAUACGAAGCCUGUGAAGGAGGAGCAGAAGGAUCACGAAAAGGUUGUUGUCCUGAGCUGCUCAUUAGAGAAGUCCCCAACCCUGCUGAAAAACAAGGAAAGAGAGGAGGAGAAGGCUCCUGAGCUGGAUGUGAUCAAGCUGUUCACACAAACGCUUGAGCCAAAGCCAGUGACCAGCCUGUACGAGCAGCUGAAGGAAGAGCCCGAGGCCUUGACUUUGCUGGCCCCAGCAGCUGGAGACACCAUCAUUUCCUUGGAUUUCAGCUGCCCUGAAUCUGACAUCCAGCUGUUGAAAGAUGUGCCCCUCUACAAUGAUGUGAUGCUUCCUGCCACCAGUGAAAAGCUCGCACUGCCUCUUUCUCCUCUGCCGCCCAGCGAGCCGCUCAGUGUUGAUGUCACCGCUCCGAACGGGAAAAGUGACAACUAUGUCGGGCCCGUGUCCAAAUCAACAACCAGCAACAGCACAGCAGAGGUACCUCCUCCUCCGGACUUUUGCUUGACCAUGGACCCGGACAUCUCCGACUUUAAACUAGACUUGGUGGAGAAGCUGUUUGCCAUUGAUACACAACCCAAAACCCCCUUUACCAUGCAGGCAAUGGAGGACUUGGACCUUGAGAUGUUGGCUCCCUACAUCCCCAUGGAUGAUGACUUCCAGCUGCGUAGUGUGAGCCCCGAACAGCCGCUAUCUUGUGGACUUGUCAAAUCGCUCGAGAGCUCGUCACACGCCACUCAGGAUCUGCAUAACGAUCUUGGCCUGUCCUUCAGUACGCCAAGCAGUGGCACCACGUCCCCGACACCGCCUGACCGAGUCGCUGUUUCCCCCUCUUCCUCCAGCCUCAUUAAGAGAACACCACAAUUGGACGAAGAGGUGUCCCUACGCACUCUGGCAGCUCAAAAUGCACAGCGCAAAAGAAAAAUGGAUGACAUACGAGAGAUGGUCGGCCAGGAAACUUUGCCUAAGGAAAACAUGAAGCAAGGGAAGAAACUGAAGGUUGAGUUGGGCACAACACAAACUGUACUCCUGCUGCCUUCAGAUUUGGCGAGUUGCCUGUUAGGCAGCACAUCAGAGGCCACCAGGUCCCUCUUCAACCUGCCGCAGCUCACCCGCUACGACUGCGAAGUCAACGCCCCGUUACAGGGCCGCCAGUAUCUGCUGCAGGGGGAGGAGCUUCUGCGCGCCUUGGACCACGUCAACUGAGUCCGCUGUUGGACUUGACACUAGUUUCUCCUCCUCCUGCCCAUUCUCUUAUUUAUAUAUCUGAAUACGUCCAACUCAAGUUUGGCUGCUGUUUGUGCACAUUACGUGAAGUCCAUAGCAUUCCACUGUGACAAACGCCAUAGCAGCAUCUGAAUCACUUCGGGGAUCACAAGGUUCCAGUUUGUUGAUUCUUUCUGUUUCCAUUUCUCUCCUCCUGGGAGUUUCUCAGCACACGGCGCCUCUCAGAUGACCUUUUCCAGCAGGCCACCAAGAAUCUGGCGCAACUGCCAGCAGUGUAUUGUAAGCUUCAGUCGCACAAUUUAUAUUUUCUUAAAAAGAAUACUGUUACCAGCAAAAUAUAUUAAGCCUUUUAAAACUAGUUUUAAUGAAAUUUGAACACUUUAAUUUUUUGCUCCCACAACGUUUUGUCUUAAUAUCCAUAGUCCACAAAUAUGGUUAGAAUGUUGGCUCCAUUUAUUCACCGUCUUGUCUUGUUAGUCUUUGAAUACAUUUGUGUAGCAGUCCAGUACAUCGGUCACUUUAUUACUUUCUUGUAUGUGUGUUAUUGUAUGUACUGUACACCAGCGAAAUUAACUUGGUUUGGGUUCUCAAAUUGAGCUCUGCCAAAAUAUGUAACCGGGUUUGCGUUACUUCACAUUGCUUUUUCUCCAUCAACCAGGAUUUUUUUUUUUUUAAAGAUGGGUUCCACUCAAAACACAAAUAAGGGGGAUCUGAACAAGCUGCAUUUUACUGAUGUGAUCAUAGCACCAUUUGUAAUUUGUCCAACAUCGCUCCGUUAAUUGUAGUCUGUGUAAUUGAACAAAUAAUCAAUUAUACCAUGCUUCUUGUUACUAACAUUAAAUGGCUGUCUUCCAAUUAUUA